AUGGCCUCGCUGAGGUCCCCGAUGAGCUUUUCAACUGAUUAUGGUGGUGGGGCAAACACUGGAGGUGGGGCUAAUAAGGUUUUCUCCGAUCUGUCAAGGGACCGGGCCGGACCGAUCGCCGAGCGCCGACCACGACGCCAACCUUGGAAGAUUCCGGCUUUGCAGUUGCUCUCCGAAUCUUCGGGUGCCGACUUAACUAGUUAA